AUUUUAAGUUCCACUACUCACUCACUAAUUAGCAACAAUAUACGCAGACAUUGUCAUUUUUAUGAAAUAAAAAUGGCUAGAGUAUUACUUUUGUUUUGUGUAGUGUUUGUUACGAUAUAUCAAUCUGAACAAGCUCAUUUUCUGAGUAGAGAAUACAUCAAUAAAAUUAACAGUGUAGCAAAAACAUGGACGGCUGGAAUAAACUUCCACCCAAAUACACACAUUGAUGAAAUAAAAGGUCUGCUGGGAUCAUACUCCAUUGGAUCAAAAAAAAUAGAACUAGUCAAAUCAAAUGAUCCAGUAUAUUCAUAUACCAAUGAAAUUCCCGCAGAAUUUGAUGCUAGAGAAAGAUGGCAAGAAUGUAAAUCAAUCGGAACGGUCCGUGAUCAAGGAAAAUGUGGUUCUUGUUGGGCUUUAAGUACCACCAGUGCUUUUUCUGAUCGUCUAUGCAUUGCUACCGAUGGCGAAUUCAAUGAAAUUUUAUCGGCAGAAAAUUUAGCAUUUUGUUGCUGGACUUGUGGUUUUGGUUGCAAUGGAGGCUUUCCCUUACAGGCUUGGAGAUACUUCAAAUGGCGUGGAGUAGUCACCGGAGGAAGCUACAACACAACAGAGGGAUGUCAACCAUACAGAGUCGCUCCUUGUAUCACAGAUGAAAGAGGUCAAAACACUUGUGACGGAGAAGAAAUUGAAAAAAAUCAUAAAUGCGAGAAGAAAUGUUAUGGUAACACAGAAAUUGAUAUCAAAAAGGAUCGUAGAUACACAAGAGACGCAUACUAUCUAACUCCCAGAGCAAUCCAACAUGAUUUGAUGGCUUAUGGUCCAAUUGAAGCAUCAUUCGACGUGUACAGUGAUUUCAUCAGCUACAAAUAUGGUGUUUACCAUAAGACUGAAAACGCUACUUUGUUGGGAGGGCACUCAGUUAAAUUGAUAGGAUGGGGUGAAGAAGAAGGAACACCAUAUUGGUUAUUAAUGAACUCGUGGAAUGAACAAUGGGGUGAUAAUGGAUUAUUCAAAAUUUUGAGAGGCAACAACGAAUGUAAAAUUGAAGAACACGCCACAGCAGGUGUACCAUAUUUGAACUAGAUGGUCCAAUUUCAAUCAGUUUUAUUCUUUCAAUAAUUGUUAAAUUUUAAUUGUUUAAAAAUGCUCAAUUUUUGUUGCAAAUAAAUUUAAAAUUGAUUGAA